AUGGGUUCCUCUUGUUAAAAAUAAAAUGAAAUUAUCACUGCUUAUUAAGAAUCAGAAGCAAUUGAAUUUGAUGAUUAGAGAAUUGCUAAAGAAAUCUAUCCCAUAAAAGUUCAUAGAGGUUUCAGAAACACCUUUUAAAAAAAUAAAUAAGUGAAUAAGAAUGUUGAAGCCACAUCUCUUACUCUUCUUUAAUAGGAAUUAAGUAAAUAUACUAAACAGAAUUAUUGUACAGAGAAAAUAAUUCCUACUCAAAUCAAAUAGGAACAUAAAAAAAAAAAUAAAAAUAAAAAAUAGUUAAAAGGUAUAAUUAAACAACAUACAUCAUGUUAAUUAAUAUAAUCAUCUACAAGACUCAAUUAUCAUUUAAAAAAUUAAGAAUAUGAAUUUAGAGUAGGUUAAAGAAUACACUCAGAAAAAUAAGUGAGAUUUAACAUUCCGAAAUUAAAUAAUAAUUCCUCACGUUCUUGCUCAAACUAAAAAUCAAGAAGUAAGAAAAGUCAUAUUUGA